GACCCGAGUCAGGCGGUUGUGGAUUGCGUCGCGAAUCUCCAUGUCACAGUGCAGUCGCCGCAUCUUUCAAAGUUCCAUGAUCCGGCUGUCGAGAUUUCGUCACCGUCAGGAUCCUCUGGGACUUUGCCCUCAGCGCCGCAAUCAUGGCGGUCAUCUUAGAGACCAGCGCUGGCGACAUCAUCAUUGAUCUGCUGGUCGACCAUGCACCCAAGCUGUGCGAAAACUUUCUUAAGCUCUGCAAGGUCAAGUACUACAACUUUGCGCCCAUCCACUCGGUCCAAAAGUCCUUCUCCUUCCAGACGGGCGAUCCGCUAGGCCCCAUGGCGCCCCAGUCGGACGGCGGCAGCAGCAUCUGGGGCCUGCUCUCGCCCGACGACCCCUCCCAGAAGACCUUCCCGGCCUUCUUCCACCCCAAGCUCCGGCACGCCGAGCGCGGCACCGUCAGCAUGGCCACGGCGCCGUCGCAUCCGACCGACCCCGACGCCCCCCGCCUCGCCGGCUCGCAGUUCAUCAUCACGCUCGGCGACGACACGUCCUACAUCGACGGCAAGGCUGCCGUCUUCGGCAAGGUGGUCGAGGGAUUCGACACGCUCGAGAAGAUCAACGACGCCAUCGUCGACGACAAGGGCCACCCGCUCGUCGACAUGCGCAUCAAGCACACUAUCGUGCUAGACGACCCGUAUCCGGACCCGGCGGGGCUGCGCGAGCCGAGCCCGUCGCCGCCGCCCACCGCCGCGCAGCUGGCCACGGUGCGCAUCGCCGAGGACGAGGCGGCGCGCAUGAUGGCGCAGGAAGACGGCGACGGCGACGAAGCCGCGGCCGAGGAGCGCGCCGCGGCGGCCGAGCGGGCGCGGCACGAGCGCGAGGCCAAGGCGCAGGCGCUGACGCUCGAGAUCAUGGGCGACCUGCCCUUCGCCGAGGUCAAGCCGCCCGAGAACGUGCUCUUCGUGUGCAAGCUCAACCCCGUGACGCGCGACGAGGACCUCGAGCUCAUCUUCAGCCGCUUCGGCAAAGUGCUAAGCUGCGAGGUCAUCCGCGACGCCCGCUCCGGCGACAGCCUGCAGUACGCCUUUAUCGAGUUCGAGGACAAGGACGCAUGCGAGAUGGCCUAUUUCAAGAUGCAGGGCGUGCUGAUCGACGACCGCCGCAUCCACGUCGAUUUCAGCCAGAGCGUGAGCAAGCUCAGCGACUCGUGGCGGUCCGACGCCAACGCGAAGAGGAGGAAGAGGGCUGGCGGCGGCG